UUUUCCCUACACUUUUGCAGAUAAUGAACAGCAGUCUGAAUCCAGUAGUAUUAUCAAUCGUACAGUCGGCAUCCGAGGGGUUCUUGCUUGAGGACGGCGAGGCGCUGUCGGGGCUCUUUGUAUUCACAGACACGGUCAUCGCGCAACUGGGCAGCGCCCUCAGCGACGUCAGUGACUUUUCAUCAUACCAGGUAGCGAUCCUAGACGACGCAUUCGCGCGCUUCACCAUCGCCUAUCUACAGUACGUGCGCGACUACUCGCAUUCAGACGCCAGCCAGCGCAGCAAGCUCAUGCUCAAAAUCGCGGCCUACUUCGAGCCAGUGUUUAUGCCGUCGGGGCGCUUCUGGCUGUUACCUGUGUUGCGCGCAAUCGCGGCAUCUCUCUAUCGCCUAUCACGCAAUGCAGACCGGCUGGAGAUGGGCGGCAGGAAAGCGCAGGGCCUGCUGCGGGUGGUUCUGUCGGACCGCGAUACAUUGCCGGACUCGAAGCACGGCGGGGCGCUGUUUGUGGCAGCGCUACUGGUGCGUGUGUCGCUGAAGAUCGGGGUGAUGCCGCCAGCGCAUGGGGCAAUCGGUAAUGUGGCCGAGGCGGGGCUGGACUUCCGGUGGUUUUCGCUGCGCGACCAGAUGACGUAUCGGUACUGGGCCGGGCGGUACUACUUGGUGUGCUAUCGGUUUGAGGCGGCGCGGCGGGAGCUCGAGUAUGCGUUUAAUGCGUGCCCGGCGUACCAUGUGCAUAAUAAGCAUGCGAUUCUGCGGCAUCUGGUCGUGGCCAAUAUGGUGCGCGGGCGGCUGCCUACGCAGUAUCUGCUGAGCAAGUACAAUGUAGAGCCGGUGUUUGGGAUCCUGGUGCACCAUUUCCGGCAAGGCAACAUUGCGGCAUUCCAGACUGCGCUGAUCGACAAUAUGGAGUUCUUCCGGUCGCAGGGCACGUUCCUGAUACUGUAUGAGCGCACGGAGGUGCUGAUGUAUAGGAAUGUGCUGAAGAAGCUGCGCAAUAUGCUGGCCCAGGAGCAGCAGGCGCACAAGGUGAUUCCGUACAGGCAAAUACUGACGGCCUUCCGGGUCGCCUCGCGCAAUCCGGACAUGGAUGUGUUUGAGAUGGAGAGCAUUGUGGCGUCGCUGAUAUCGCAAAGGUAUAUCCAAGGGUACCUGUUCCACCACCAGCAGGUGCUGAAUCUGGGCUCCAAGACCCCGUUCCCUCAUAUCAAGGACGUGGGUCUCCCUGGUGGGCAGCAGGGGUAGUGGGGAUAUAUAUAGAUAGCUGUGGAAUAUAUGAUAAACA